CUGGGCGACAGAGCGAGACUCCAUCUCAAAAAAAAAAAAAAUCAUUUUUUAAGUCACACCGGGCAGGAAGUAGAAUAGAGAUUUGAGUCCAGGUGUACCUGACCGAGUCUCUGCCUGCACUCCUAGACAAGAUGCUCAGGACCUCAUUGUUUGGUUGUCCCCAAGUAGGAGGAAACAAAUGCCACUUCCUAUGUUGGGAGAGCUGAGGGCUGGUGGUUUAGCAGUAGGAGAAGAAAAAUCUGAUUAGACGUCUCAGGCACACUCCAUGGAUCUCAGGGCUGAUGGGGGACAAGGAGAGGACAAGGGAGGAUGCAGUCCAGGGUGCACCCCCUCGUUAGUGGCUGGGGUCAGUGGCUGACCAAGUAGGAGUGGGGAAGGGUAAGAAAAGUAGCUUUCAGGGGGAAGAACCUGUGUGUGAAUGUGGAUAUGUUCAGCAUGAGAUGUCCAAGAAUUGUCCCCAGUGGUCAUUUGGAUGUGGGUCUGGAGCUGAAGGAUGAGACACAGUAGGUGGGUUUUUCAGUCAGUUAUGGGUUCUAAUUAGGACCAAGAAGUGUGUAAGAUUGUCCCAGAUGAGACGGUGAAGCCAGGACCUUCAGAAACGCAUUCGAGGGGCAAGAGGAAAAGGACCGUGAGGUGGAACAGGAGGAACAGGACACUGAGGAGGGGCCAGAGAUGCUGGUAAAGAAGUGACAGCAAGUACUGAGCAAACAAGCGGCUGUAAAGAGGAGGAGAGGACAGAAGCUGGGGAGGCCGCUGGAGAGUGAGGGGGAGAGAGGAGGGUGAGAAGUCGGAACUAGAGGGGUUAGGGGCGGAGCGAAGUUCUCGAGGCGUUGCCUGCAUAAGGGGGAAGCGCUGCUUGAGGCCCGGGAGGGUACAGACAGCGAGGAGGGGCCCCCGUCGGAGGGGACUGGAGGCCUGCGGAGAGGUGGGGGCCUUAAAGAAGUUGCUGACCAACCACGUCCUCGGCGCUGCCAAGAGCCGGGCCCAGGUCAAAGGCCCGAUGGCCCCUGCAGAACUGGGCCAGGACCCGCGCAGCCGCGUUCGCCCCCUCGAGGUCGUGAGCGCGCGUGCCCAGAGCAACUGGCAUUGUCACGUACGGCCGGCGCCCGGGAUUUGGCUCCGCCCCUGGCUUCCGCGGGGAUUGGCUGGGGCGGGCCGGGGCGGGGCAGCUGCAGUAGGCUAGAGAGUCCGCACUUGUGCGGCGGCAGAAGUGAGAGACGAUUAGUCCCUGCGGUCCCACAAGACCCCCGCUGCCCUUGGUGACCGUGCGCUCCGGCCUCGGGGCAGGUGGCGGUCAGCGCGCCGAGACUCUCGGGAGCCCCGCCCAGACGGCUGCUCCGCUCCCAGGCCGCCAGGGCUCUCCAGCGCUCGCCAUGGAGAUCCUAGACGAGUUCGACAGCGAGGUCCCGCAGAGCGAAACCUUCUGCCAGCAAAUCUCCGAGGAAGACUUGGAGAGGCAGGUGGACACCACACUGAGCGCGCGCUGCACUCUCGACCGCAACCCGUCGCUGGCGGAGAGGGUGGUGCAAUUGGAACAGCGUGGGCUCCUCUCUUUUCUCUGGGCGAAGUGUUGUGCAGGGGGAGCUGAACCAUUGCAACAGCACGGGCGCCCUGGAGAUGCACGAGAGGGUGGAGCAGCUGAAGCAGAGCAUACACCGCGUGCACCCCUACUCCCGGGACACCAAGAAGAGAAGGAAGCCAAGACAGAAGAAACCAGAACGCAUCCUCUUACGGGACCGGUCGACUUCCCCAUGCCUGCCACCGACCCCGCUGCCACCUCUGCCACUGCCACCACCAUGGUCUCCGUGGUGACCCCGUCACCCCCUGUCUACACUAUGCCUAGGGUCCUUGGUUCCUUCCCUCCACUGCCCUGCAAGUUAGUCAGUGGGAGCCUCCCCCACUCCAGGCAGUCCUGGGUGCCCCCUGCUCAGAACAAUCCCAGGGUCUCUCCUGGGCCUGAAGCUGUGGCUCUCAACCCUCUGCUUUUAAGCAGCAGACCCCUCUUUGCAGACAGGGUCUUGAUGGAUAAAGCAGAUAAACGGGGUUUGCCCUGGUUAAGGCGUUGGGUGAGGUUGAAGGCACCAAGGGGCUCCACCUUCUUGACUUUAGGCAAGCAAGGCAGCCCCAGGCGCACCAGACAGGAUCCUGGGGCUCCCAAAGGACAGGUGGAAAACCAGAGGGCCCCUCCCACAUCUCCAGCACCAGUCCUGCCUCUCCCUAUGGGCAUGGCUCCCCGUGCUAUCCUCUGCCUGCAGUGUACUGGGUUAGAGCCAGGAUGGCGUCUGGCCCCAGGGAGGUGCAGAGGCAGGCUUACCAGGGGAAGCCAGGGCGAUGGAGCUUGGGCAUGCUGUUUCCAGCCACAUAUGAGAAAUGGAAGCCUCCAGGGUUGAGAACCAAAGGAGUCAGAUCAACCAUGUGGCUGCAAGACAGGGCAGAGAGGGGACGUCAGCCCCAGGCCCCUCCACACCUCAUGUACAGUUCUACAGCAUGGGCACAGUACUGCCCACACAGUCGACCUCUGAGCCCACACCCCUCCCCUGUAAAAUGAGAAUAAGCACUCAGGAUGAUUGUGAGGAUUAACUAACAGAUUGAGAAGAAAUGGUGACUGAGCCUGGCACAUGGGACACUCCCCAAAAUGCUCCUUUUUCAUUUCCCUCAAGCCCAGAGUAAACCCCUUCGACCUCCUUGCAUUUCGUGACAGGCCAUUCCAGUUUAAUUUCACUUCAGAUCUUGAAAUGUUCAAAUUCUACGCUUGGAGGAUAGAAAGGAAAUCUCAGGACGAGUUUGUUGGCCUCAGUUAAAGAAAAGUACCUUAUAGAAGAGCCAUAAGAAUGACGUGGCUUUCAUUCACUCGGCAGACACAUUGGGACCAUCUCUUGUGCCUACCUUGAGCUUGGUUAGGGGUACAGGAGAUGGGAUUGGGGGCGCUGGGAACUAAGGAGGUCUUAACCCAGCCUGGGGGAUGGAGGACUGCCUGGAGGUGGAGGCCAGCCCUGAAUGAGUCACACAGGCUAAGUGGGGAAUCAAGAGGUGCAGGCAGUUAGGCCACCACACCUGGCCAUUCAUCUUUUUUAGCAUUGAAUAAUAUUCCAUUGCCUGGAUAUGCCACAUUUUAUCAUUCACCCAGUGAAGGACAUCCUGGUUGCUUCCAAGUUUUGGCAAUUAUGAAUACAGCAGCUAUAAACAUC